CCAUAGUCGUUGGGCUGGUUGUAUGCUUCGCGUUUGGGAAAGGCCUCCCCGGAUCUGUAAAAGGGAGAAAAGCGGGAGGGAAAGGUUUUGCUUUUUUGCCUUUUUCAGUUCUUCGUAUGCGCAAAGGGGAGCAAAACUUGUUGGUUUUUACUCAUUUCCGUGCUAAUUCAACUUCGCCAUCGUUAUGAGGAUUUUUUAUUCGAUCGAAAUAUGUGAAGCUAUUUUAUCAUUCGGUCUGAGCUAGAAAUAGGAACAAAUUGCGGUGAGGAUGAAUGAGGGGAAAAAUGCAUGUGAAUCCCUUUCUGGUUCUCGAUGCACACGAUCUCGGGCAGCUCCAGAUUGGACCUUAACGGAAUCACUCAUACUUGUCAACGAGAUCGCUGCCGUCGAAGCGGAUUGUUCGAGAGCCUUGUCCUCUUAUCAACAAUGGAAAAUGAUAGCUGAAAAUUGUGCCGUUUUGGAUGUUGGGCGGGGUUUGAAUCAGUGCCGGACGAAGUGGAAUUCCUUGCUUUCUGAGUAUAACACGAUCAAGGCCUGGGAGUCAAAGUCGCCUCGCAAGUCGUACUUGUCUUUAGAAGGCGAGAGGGCUAAGAAAUUUGGGUUGCCUGAGAAUUUUGACUGUGAAUUGUUUAAGGCAAUUGAUGAUCUUGUCAAAGCAAGAGAUGAACGUUCGGGGGCUGACCCAGAAAGUGAUCCAGAAGCAGAGUCCGAGGAGAUUGAUGACGAUGUGACCAAAGAAAUUGGGUCCAAAAGAAAAAGGCGAUGGUUUAAAUCCAAGAGGCAUGCAGAAAAGCUUAAGAAUUGCCUUUCUGAGGAACCUUUAGAACUCUCAAACCGAAGGCCUCAAGGAGGCCGUAUUAAAGAAAGGCCUGAGAAAAGCCAGGAGCCCCAGAAAAAUGAUGUAGAAGAAGAUUAUUUGAAAGACUCGAUAGGAGAGAAAGCUAAUUUGAAAUGUACACAAGAAAAACCUUCAAAGGUUGGCUUGGAAAUGUCAGUGAAGAGCCGUGCCAAAGGAAAGCUUCAAGAAGCCCAAGUUAAGGAAAGGCCAAGCAAGACCUAUACGACAUCCGAAACAAUUGGCAGUGAAGAAAAUAAUGAAGUGUUGUUGGCUCUGAAAUUGCAAGAGUUGGCAGAACAAGUACAAGCCAUUAGUACUGAAACAGCAGACUGUCGGACAGAUUGCUUGCAGAAUGUUGAGGCCUAUCGAACUGAAUUUUCAAGACUUCAGGGAGACAAGCUCAUAGCAAGCCUCGGAGAUUUUGCAGACACCCUUGAGCAACUAUGCAAUCUUAUCCAAGAAUGUAAAUAAAUAUCACAGUUUGCUCUUUUAAUUGUUCUAUCUUGUUGUUAUGUUUGUGAGCGGACGUUCUUCUAUGGCAUAGCCAUAUGCUUUGAUUUAGUCUGAUGAAUCGAUUUUACGCGUGAAAAAGAUUCGCCAACCCUCUAUCACGUAUGCCAGUUGUGAAUUGAAAGAUUUUUGGAUUUUCACAAAAUGUUUAUCCCGAUAUAUAAUCCUUGAGAAGUCAGACUGGAAUAAGACUAGUUUGACUCAUUUUUGCUCU